AUGUUAUCAAAAUAUUCAUUCAUAGAUUUAUUACAACGAAUAAGAACAUCGUUAACAUUAUCAUCAAAUAAAACAAAACAUAUUCUUCUACUUUCUUCAUUACGUCCUGGUAGUGGUAAUGCAGCUACAUCAGCACGUCUAGUUCAUGAAUUACAAACAACCGAUAAAUUUAUUGUUGAUUGUGUAUCUGUUGAUACACCAUAUACAGAAUCAAAUUCAUUUUUAACAUCAAUUCAACAAUAUUCAGCUAUUCUUGCACUACAUGUUUAUCGAGCUGGAGCUCUUCUAACAACAAUUUAUAAAGAUAAACCAAAUAAUCUUCCACCAUUAAUUUUAAUUUUUGCUGGUACAGAAUUACAUUCAUGUGAACCAAAAUGGAUUCCAAUACUUGAAUAUAUUAUUCCAUAUGCAAGUGGUCUUGUUUGUUUUAGUAAUGAAUGGAAAAAAUAUGUUGAAAUAACAUAUAAAAAUUAUCUUUCUUGUAAAAUUACAAUUAUUCCUCAAAGUGUUCUUUUAUCAUCAUUUAAUUUUGAACAAUUACCAUUAAUUACAGAUAAAAAAAUCAUUCUUUGGAUAGGUGAAAUUCGUUCAGUUAAAGAUCCAUUAUUUGUUAUACGUUUUUUAUCAUAUUUAAAUAACAAUAAUUAUCAUCUUUUUCUUGUUGGUUAUGAAAAUGAUCAAUCAUUAAAUGAAUAUAUACGUUCUACUUAUUCUCAAUCGAAUCUUACAUUUCUCGGUGGUCAAUCUCAAAGUUUUGUUCAUACAUUAAUGAGAACAUCAUUUGCUUAUAUAAAUACAUCAAUUAAUGAAGGUAUGUGUUUAGCUAUACUUGAAGCAAUGACACUUGGUAUACCUGUACUUGCACGUCGAAAUAUUGGUAAUACAAGUAUUAUUAAACAUGAAAAAACAGGAUUCAUUUUUGAUACACCCGAAGAAGCUGUACAAUAUCUUUUAGAACUUGAUAAUAAUACAAAACUAAGACAUUUAAUAAUAAAACAAGCAGAAAAUUAUGUUAGAAAAUAUCAUAAUAUUACAAAUGAAACAAAAGCAUAUCGAAAUUUACUUCUCGAUUUAAUUAAAUAA